CAAGCCAAUAUCGACCAAAGACCUUCCUAUUCUGUUGGGUUACAAUGUUCAUAUAGAUUCAAUUUAAAAUAUUUACCCAUACAUGCACAUUUCGCUUUGAUACCGCUGUAAGCUAUCACGGUUAACACUUAGCUCGUGGCCUUCGCUUGAAUGGAUCCUUGGGGCUCUGAAGUAGGGAAUAAAGGAAUUAUAUCGAAUUUCGAAGAUAAUUUUCAACCAUCGACGGAGAAGUUAGCGGAUUCACUUCAAUAUCUAGCCUUGUUGGAAAGAAAACUAAAAGCGGUCCGAUCGAAGAACAAGGUGGUGGAAAACUUAUCAGCGUACAGAGCCGAUUGCAUCGGUCGUUUGCUCCGGGAGGGCUGCGAUCUCGACCCUGUUAUCGGGGACACAGAGGCCGAUAAACUAUUGGAGGACAAACCGGAGUCUGAAUAAGCUUUGUGAGUAAAAAUGGCUAUGUCGUCUAGCAUCGAUUUAUCCGGCACCACGUACUGCGUCCUGUCCGGCGCCUCCCAGGGCAUCGGGCGGGCCAUUGCCGUGGAGGUUGCGAAACUUCUCGGUCCGAAAUCCGUUAUCCUGCUCCUGGCACGUAACAAAGAUCAGCUCGCCAUCACCGCCGCCCUCUGCGAGUCGGACAACGUGAGUGUUGUCUAUGAAUCGAUAGACUUGAGUAAGGCAUCGCCGAGACAGAUGCACGACGUGAUUGUUCGCUCUCUAAAAGGAAGGAGCGUAUCCGAUUUCGCGGCAAGUAUUAUAUUCCACAACGUAGGCUCGUUAGGUAACUUGUCCAUCGAUACCGCACAAAUGGAGAAUGUUCCGGAAUUAAGAGAAUACUACGAUUUGAACGUUUUCAAUGUGAUCGCUUUGAAUACGCAAUUCCUUAAGAUUUUUGAUGAGAUAGAGGAUAGGCUCGUGAUCGUUAACAUAACGUCUCUCUGCGCCAUCAAGCCUAUGAGCGGAAUGGCGUACUAUUGCAGCGGUAAAGCCGCAAGGGAGAUGUACUUCAAGGUCUUGGCCGAGGAGAAGAAGCACGUUCGCGUGCUCAAUUACUCCCCGGGACCUGUCGAGACCGCCAUGAUCGACUACGUAUUGGCGGAGGCGGUCAAUGAGAAUUUGCGCGAAGUUUUCACUUCUUUCAAGAAUCAGGGGACCUUGCUCAAGCCUGAGGUAACUGCUCAGAAAUGCGUCCGAGUCCUCCAGGCCGGCAAGUUUAGUCCGGCAGAGCACGUCGACUAUUUCGAUGACGAAUGAAUGUGUGUUCGUCGGGUCUUCGUAUCCCCUUGCGGGGGCACGGGUCAUGCCUCGGGGUUAAUGGAAUGUGUGUUUCGUAAUUGCUCUCUUUUUAUAUGUGUAGUACGUAGAGCGUUCUUAGACAGUAGAUUUCUUACUUCGACCGACUUCAAUAAGAUAAACGUACAUAUGAAUUAAUUACAUAGAAUACUCACAGCUAGUUUUUUUUUUGCUUAAUUUUCUGGGAAUUGCAGGUUAUUCAUAAAGAUUUAAAUAGAUAAAAUACAAACAAACGUUUUUCAAUGUAAUGUUUUUAUAGCUAAUACGAAAAAAUUAAACCAAAAUUUGGGAUCCUCAUAUCAAAAUGAUGUAGAUUUCAUAUUUUAUAGUCACAACUUUAGAAUUCGCUUUGAAAGUCGUUAUUGAACUUAUGUGUUGGAAAUAUAGCAAAUUUUUGUUAGUUCAAUGUUAUGGAGGGAUGAAAAUCUCAUUUUAA